AUGCGCAAGCAACAAGCUAUAAGUGGUGGUGUUGGUGGUGACGUUGGUGGUAGUCGUGGUGGUGACCGUGGUGGUAGUCGUGCUGGCAUCGGUGGUGACGGUGCUGGCAUCGGUGGUGACGGUGCUGGCAUCGGUGGUGACGGUGCUGGCAUCGGUGGUGACGGUGCUGGCAUCGGUGGUGACGGUGCUGGCAUCGGUGGUGACGGUGCUGGCAUCGGUGGUGACGGUGCUGGCAUCGGUGGUGACGGUGCUGGCAGUGGUGGUGACGGUGCUGGCAGUGGUGGUGACGGUGGUGGCAGUGGUGGUGACGGUGGUGGCAGUGGUGGUGACAAUGGUAGUGGUGGUGACAAUGGUAGUGGUGGUGACAAUGGUAGUGGUGGUGACAAUGGUAGUGGUGAUGACAAUGGUAGUGGUGAUGGCGAUGGCACUGAUGCUAGAGGCAGUGUGGUGGUGGUGGCAUGA